UGAACCGAUUCAUUCCUUUGUAACCUCUCUUUCUCCUCUCGUGGCAACGAAAGCAAAGGGAAAGGAACAAAUCUUUUUCAUUGUGCGUCUUCGGUUCGGGUCGUGGUGGUGAAUCUGCUUCUUCUUAGCCCACUUGUUCCUUCAAUCAAUAAUUCAUUUUGCAGAUUCAUAAGCCACUCCUAGAAUCGAAUUCCAAUCCUAAUUUUCUCUAACUGGUAUAAUCUUUCAUCGAUUAGGUCUAGGAUUUUGAUUAGGUUGCUUACCAUGGCAUCCAAGAGAAUCUUGAAGGAACUCAAGGACCUGCAAAAGGAUCCACCAACAUCAUGCAGUGCAGGUCCUGUGGCUGAAGAUAUGUUCCACUGGCAAGCAACAAUAAUGGGACCUCCUGAUAGCCCGUAUGCAGGAGGCGUGUUCCUAGUGACGAUUCAUUUUCCUCCUGAUUAUCCUUUCAAGCCACCUAAGGUUGCAUUUAGGACGAAAGUCUUUCACCCGAAUAUCAACAGCAAUGGAAGUAUUUGCCUAGACAUCCUAAAAGAACAAUGGAGCCCUGCUCUUACCAUCUCUAAGGUACUGCUUUCAAUCUGCUCCCUGCUGACAGACCCAAACCCUGAUGAUCCACUUGUGCCUGAGAUUGCACACAUGUACAAAUCAGACAGGAGCAAGUACGAGACAACUGCUCGUAGCUGGACGCAGAAGUACGCAAUGGGUUGAUGAGUGAUAUUAAAUAAGAUUUGGAAAGAGUUAGAUAAGAUAAUCUACACUAUUUUAAAUUUGGCUGUGUUUGUGGCUCUUAUACGGCUGAAUAUUAGUCGUGAUGUGCUUGUUAACGUUACUCUUCCCUUAUUAAUCCUCAGCAAUAACUAAAUGAAAUUUCCUUCAUUCUGUUCCUCUA